GAGAGGUGUUCCAGACGGCAGCGGAUUGGCUGCGACAGGAAGACAGCAGCUGCGCGGAGCCUAGUGAGUGAUGGUCGGCAGAAGAAUAAGAGGUUGAGGAGGUGAAACCAACGCUGUCCGUGCGCAGAUGAAGCGCGCGAGCAAUAAGUAACACAGGAUGUUUCGUCACUUCCUGAUGUGUUUUGCCCUCUGCAUCGUCUACGGCAGCAGUAAGCCAACAGAAAGGAAGAGUCGAGUUCACGACGAAGAACCGCUCAGCAAUCUUGAGCAUGAUGACAACAAAAACUACGACUAUGACCAUGAAGCUUUUCUGGGUCAAGAAGAGGCCAAAACCUUUGACCAGCUCCCCCCAGAGGAGAGCAAACGGAGGCUCAGUGUCAUCGUGGACAAAAUGGAUAGCAACAAAGAUGGUUUUAUCUCUGAGGAGGAGCUGAAGGUUUGGAUCAAAAAUGCUCAGAAGAAGCACAUUUAUAGCAGCGUGGAGCGCCAAUGGAAAGACUUCGACAUGAACCAUGACGGUCUGAUCAGCUGGGACGAGUACAAGAACGUCACAUAUGGGAGUUAUCUGGACAGCCCUCAGCCAGACUCAGAGUACAACUACACACACAUGAUGUGGAGGGACGAGAGACGAUUCAGAGCCGCAGACAGAAAUGGAGACACGACUGCAGACAAACAUGAGUUCACGGCUUUUCUUCAUCCUGAAGACCACGAACACAUGAAGGAUGUCGUGGUGCAGGAAACCAUAGAAGACAUUGACAGGAAUGGAGACGGUUUUAUCGACCUGCAGGAGUACAUCGGUGACAUGUAUACUGCAGACGACAAAGAAGAAGAACCAGAGUGGGUGACAACAGAACGUCAGCAGUUUUCUGAGUUCAGAGACAAAAACCACGACGGAAAGAUGGACAAAGAGGAAACUCUGGACUGGAUUCUUCCAUCCGAUUAUGACCACGCUGAGGCUGAAGCCAAACACCUUCUGCAUGAGUCCGACAAAAACCAGGACGGAAAACUCGCCAAAAAGGAAAUCCUCGACAAAUACGACGUGUUUGUUGGAAGUCAGGUGACGGACUUCGGUGAGGCUUUAAUGCGACACGACGAGUUCUAAAGCUGGGCAGAUUUAAAAAUAAAUUUUACAGUUUUUUUUUUUUUACAAAUAAUUUAUUGUGCAAACCAGCAGCAGAUGAAUAUGUUGAACCUUCUGUUAGGUUUGUUCUGAUUAUUUUAUUUCACUUCUUCAGAUUAACCCUCCUGGUCUGCUUUGUUUCUCUUGUUGUUUGCUGACCUCUGCUCCACAGUUUUUAUGUGUGAACUUCCUGUUUGCAGUUUACCAUUGAGUGAUGUGUGAUCACAUCAGCACGUAAAUGUUGGUGCUAAGAUGAAACUUUUCAAUGAAUGAAGUCGGAGGAGCUGAAGUGAAGAGCUCCUCUCUUGUUCAUAUCAACGUAAAACAAAUUCAAACCAGUCUAGAAUUAGGACAGUUAGGACAGAUUCAUACUUUGGACUUCAUACUGUACUUUGACCUUUACAGCCAGUUUAUCAAUAAAAAAUAAAAUGAAA